GAGGCGCGGUUCUGGGACGUUUCAAAGCCAGAAACACGGUCGAUCCCCGCAGAAGCAGAUCUCUGCCCCCGGAUGGAGAAGGUCGAGGAAUGCCCGCCGGGCGAUGAGCUCUGUGAGGUGCGGGCCUUCGAGUCCGAGAUCAUCAUCGUCCCAGUCCUCCUCAUCGCCGCCUCCUGCAUCGUGGGCGGGUGCAUUCUGUGGAUGACCUGUCGACAGAAGAAGGGGACCCCACCGCCAGACUGGACGGAGACCGGGAAGCAUGUCCUGGAGCUCAGGCCCAGCAACGGAGCUUUGUGCGGUCAGGCCCCGUCCGACCCGGAGCUGGGGCCUUGGCAGAUCCCUGCGGAGAGGCUCGUCGGGGGCCUGAAGCUGAUAGCCCGCGGACGUUACGGGAACAUCUUCCUGUGCCGGUUGGCAGCCGAGGGGUCCGGGAAGGAGAAGGCCGUCGUUGUCAAGGAGCUGCAGGAAUCGGCGACUCCCGGCCUGGCGGAGAUGUUCCUGUCCCGUAUCCGGUUCCAGGCCGCCCUGGGCCAACACCCCCACCUGGUGAAGAUGGAGGGCUGCUCCACCCAGGGCGGGACCACCCGGCUGGUGAUGGAGGCCCUGGAGCUGGGCAACCUCCUCCACUUCCUCUGGCAAUGUCGCAAGGACGUGGUGACAAUGGAGGCAACCCCUUACGACCUGACAGAGAAACAGGUCUACGUCAUCGCGGAGCAAGUGGCCAGUGGCCUGACAUUUCAACCCCCGGGGAACAGAUACUCUCACAAUCUUGUAAACCUCUCCCCGAUCUCCCCUCGGCCUCUGCCGCUCCGGAGGAAACAGCCCAAGUUUACCCGGUCUCCUGUGAGAGCACGGGCCCUCCGAACCGGGCAGGAUCCCGGUGACCCUCUUCUGCCCCCUCCCCGAAGCCCCGACACCCUUCCUGCAGAGGGGCGACCAGGGUCGGGUGCGAUUCUCCGGACGGGGCCCCGCCGUUCCAACGUCACCUCCUGACUUUUGAACUCGAUGCCCCGACUAACAGAAGCCCUCGGCCUUCUGAACCGCCGUCUCGGCCCGCGGAGCCGCUUCCGGGGAGCUGCGACCUCGGACCCCAUCAUCUCCCUGCUCAGCAGCCCUGUGCAAGAUCUUGCCCCGAACAGAGUGCCGUCUCCUUGCGUUUGCCCUAUGGAGGGGCAACGCCUCAUACUUAUCUGGGGUUAAACGGCAUCUGCCAUCUC